AAAAAAGGAAAAGGAAAACAAAGUAGAGAAAGUUCCAGAUCGGGGGUACUUCGUCAUUUCACAGCGACCCCAUCUCUCUGCCUGAACUGAGAGCGAGAGAGAGCACAGUGCUUUUUUUAGAGGGUCUUGGGGACGAGGAGAAAGAGUGAAAGACAAAUCUCCCCACCUUCCCUGCUCCUAUUUCCAUCUCUCUCUCUCUCUGUUUGUGACUGUUGGGUUUGCAUUACUUUCUAAUUCGGGCAAGUGGUUGUUGCUGUUGGUGAAAGCAGAAGAACGAAGGGGAUAAGAAGCCAAGAAUGGAGAGGAGCACUCCGGUGAGGAAGCCACACACAUCCACCGCAGAUCUGCUCACUUGGUCCGAGAACCCUCCCACCGAUUCACCGGUUGUUGGCUCCGCCGUGCGCUCUCACCAGCCUUCGGAUGGGAUCAGUAAGGUGGUGUUUGGAGGUCAGGUGACGGAUGAGGAGGUCGAGAGCUUAAACAAACGGAAGCCUUGUUCAGGGUAUAAAAUGAAGGAGAUGACCGGUAGUGGCAUAUUUAAUGGAGAAAAGGAUGAGGAAGAAUCUGAGAGCGCCAAACCUACUCCAUCUAACAAAACGGGAAUACGCAUGUACCAGCAAGCGGUCGCAGGAAUUAGCCAUAUCUCAUUUGGUGAUGAAGAGAGUGUUUCUCCAAAAAAACCUACAACUCUGCCUGAGGUUGCAAAGCAGCGCGAGCUAAGUGGGACCCUGGAUAGUGAGGAUGCGAAGUUGAAGAAGCAGCUUUCUGAUGCGAAGUGCAAGGAGCUUUCUGGACAUGACAUCUUUGCACCCCCUCCUGAAAUUUUACCUCGACCGGUAACGGCUCGCAUAUUGGACUUGAAAGGAAGCAUAGAAAUAGGGGAACCUGCUUCUCAUAAUGUCAGCACAUCGGUCAAAGUUUCUAAUCCUCCUGGAGGUCAGAGCAGUAUUAUGUCCAAUGAGGAGCCUCUGGUCAAGACAGCCAAGAAAAUAUAUAACCAGAAAUUUGCCGAGCUGUCGGGAAAUGACAUAUUCAAAGGCGAUGUACUUCCAUCAUCCUCCGAGAAACCACUGAGUACAGCAAAAUUGCGAGAGAUAAGUGGCAACGACAUCUUUGCUGACGGGAAGGUAGAAUCUAGAGACUAUCUAGGUGGUGUACGCAAGCCCCCUGGCGGCGAGAGCAGCAUUGCGUUGGUUUAACUUGUUAGGUCUAACAUUGCUUGUUUUAUUGCUUGGGUGUUUGGUUUUGUCCUAGUCCUAGUGGGGAUGUGUUAUUAUAUAUUAUUUGACAUUUCAUUCUGGGGUCUUGGGAAUGGUCAUAGGUUUUUAGCAAAAGUCGACCAGAACUAUGGACUAUGUACUAAUUAAUUGGGGGUUUGUAUGUUCAUAAUCUCUCUCGUGCAUUUUGCUGCCUGUCUUAAGUGAAAGUGCUUGGGCUGUUGUUACCGGGAUAAAAA